AUGACUUCAUGAUUUACACCAACAAAAAAGAAACUCAUAAGAAUCACCCAACAAGGGGUCCCAUAGCUGCCCCCAUCUUGACAUAACACAUGAUUCUCUCACCUUGUUCCUAGCUAUCAUAGUAUGAUCAAUACCAUCAACUUAGUUUAAAUAGAAGUACACCCUCAAAGUUUCAACACUAAAAGAGAAAUUAGUGUAAUUGAAGUUCUUCCAUGGAAACAGAUCGUAGGAAAAGGUCUAGUUCUGGUGAGAUAUUCUCCUUCCCUAGCACCCCGAACCAAGAUCUCGAUUCGGAGUUCGAAUUCGGGUGUUUUACCCCGGAUUCACCUUCUCAAGAUCCAUGUAGAACCUCACCAGCUGAUCAUCUUUUCUUCAAUGGUCGACUCUUGCCACAUGCCUUUCCUUUACAACCUGGAACAACGAUUGCAGGAAGUUGUUCUCGUGGGACAAGCAGAACAAGCAGCAUCAACAGCAAGGAUUCAUUGAUGUCUUCGAGAAGUAACAGCACCAACAGCAGAAGCAGUUGCAGCAGUGCAAGGACAAGCUCAAGUGACAAUUCGGAGAGGAGGUUGUUGUACCAUAGCAAAAUCCAUGCAUGUAAUAAAGCAAGCAAAAUGGUAACAGCUCAGCUGUAUGGGGAUUCUCAGAGAUGGCAGUACAUUACACAAGUGCCUGUUCUGAAACGUGAGGUAUCGAGGAGGAAAAAUAGUGGGGUUGAAGGGAAAGAAGCCUUGAGAGCCAAGAAACAAGGUGAGCAUCAUCAAAAAAGGAGUAGUAGCGGUAGGGGAAGAUCGGGGCCUUGCCUGAAGUUUUUCAGGCUAUUUUUGUUUGCCUGCAGAGUGUGUCAUGCCAUGGAACCUUCCAGGAAACAAGAUGUGAUGCAUGGCAAUUUGAAAAAUGCUGUAUAAUUUUUUAUGAAUGCAUAUUAUCCUCUUUAUAUAUAUAUAUAUAUAUAUCCAAA